UCCCAGAGGAAGACCAGACCCAUUUACACAACCACUGGACCUCCAGAGGAAAACUACGCCCUUCUACAAGAUCAUUGCUUCAACAAAAACAUAUCUGUCACUCCAGGAGGACUGCAGCGACAAUUUGAUUGCACUGCUAGCAACACCCUGACUACCUGGGUGUCAGGUCGUAUUCUGACUCUGUCAGACAAGACUACCCUUUCUCAAAGCUUGGCUGGAUGGAGGAGGAGGCUGCAAGGAAGAGGAAGAUGCCCCAGGGCAGCCAGGCAGACAAGGAGCUGAGGAUGGAGACCAGGAAGAAUAAAUCCAUGAGGCAGAACCUUGUGGAAGAGGUCAUUUUGAGCGGCUCCACAGUGCAGGAAUCCAUAGGGGAGGGAAAGCUCCGAAGAUGGCACACAAGGCAAAGCUCUAAACCCAUCCCAGGGUGCACUGAGGAGGAAAGACCCACCCUGUACCAGGAAGGUGGACAGAGCUUCAUCCAGGGCUCAGACCUGGUGGUCCAUGAGCAGCUUCAUCAUGGGGAGAAGCCCCACAAGUGCUUGGAAGGUGAGAAGAGCUUCAGCUGUGGCUCCCUCCUGAUCAGACACCAGUGGACCUACACUGGGGAGAGGCCCCACAAGUGUCCCAAAUGUGGGAAGAGGUUUCGGACCAGCUCAGAUCUCCUCAAGCACCAGCGGAUUCACACAGAGGAGAGGCCGUUCUGCUGCCCUGACUGCAGGAAGGGCUUCGAGCACAACUCCAACCUUAUCAGGCACCUGCGCAUCCACACUGGGGAGAGCCCUACGAGUGUGGGGAAUGUGGGAUGAGCUUCAGCAGAAGCUCCAGCCUGAUCUGCCACCAGAGGAGCCACACCAAAGAACGGCCCUACAAGUGUGAGCAGUGUGGGAAGAGCUUCACCCACAGCUCCAGCCUGAUCUGCCACCAGAACCUCCACGCUGAGGAAAGGCCAUACAAGUGUGGGAAAUGUAGGAAGGGCUUCAGGAGGUCCCAGCUGAACAUCCAUCAAAUGAUCCACACUGGGGAGAGGCCCUACGAGUGUCCCCAGUGAGGGAAGAGCUUCUCUGACACCUCUCACUUGAUCCAACACGAAGGGAGGCUCCAGUAAGGGAAGCCCUGCGAGUGCCCCAAAUGUGGGAAGAGCUUCGUGCAUUGCUCCAACUCCAUCCCCAUCAGAGAACCCAUGUUGGUCACCCCCCUGGUGACCCACAUUUCUGGUGAUCCAGUUUGGGAAGACAUCUGGCUGAUGGCCUCCACGUCCUCCUGGAUUGUCACAGGCACCCAGAUGAAUGUAGGGGCAAGAUCAUCCAUCAUGACUCUAAAUGACAUUGGAAAUUAAUUGUGAAGAGCUGAUUUGUUGACUUCACAGCCCAAAAAUCUGAUCUGCUCUGCCCAGUUGUUUCUUUUGGUAGCACCAAGCAAUGCUGGAUAAUCUUGGAGAUCUUUCCCUACCUGAAUAAUUUCCAUGUUUAUCCCAUCAAAACACCCAAA